AGUCACCCUUGGUCACGUAGGACAUUUUUCCGUUCAUUUGCCCUCGCCACUGCUCAGCGUUUGUGUGCGUCUCAGAUGGCUGUCAGCAUGACCAUGGGGCGAGACACCAAAUGGCUGACCUUGGAAGUGUGUCGUGAGUUUCAGAGAGGCACCUGCUCUCGGUCUGAUUCCGAGUGUAAGUUUGCACAUCCCUCACGGAGCUGCCAUGUGGAGAAUGGUCGAGUCAUCGCCUGCUUUGAUUCGCUCAAGGGUCGUUGCACACGAGAGAACUGUAAAUACCUGCACCCACCUCCACACCUGAAAACUCAGCUGGAGAUUAAUGGGAGAAACAACCUGAUCCAACAGAAGGCCGCGGCUGCCAUGUUGGCUCAACAGAUGCCCUUCAUGCUGCCUGGAGCGCAACUGCAGCCGAUUACAACAUUUCCAGUGACACCCUCCCUGGCAACCAGUCCCAGCAUGGCAUUCAGUCCAUAUCUCAGCCACAUGGGCCCAGCUAUGGGCUUGAUGCCUGAGCUGCUUCCCACCUCCCCCCUUCUUGUCCCUGGGAGUCCCACAGGCCUGGCAGCAAUGGGGAAUGGCACCUCGGCACAAAAACAUGCGCGCACAGACAAGCUAGAGGUUUGUCGAGAAUUCCAGCGUGGUAACUGCACACGGGGUGAGAACGAAUGCCGCUACGCUCACCCUCUAGAGGCUGGCAUGGUGGACUGCAGCGAGAACUCCGUCAUCGUCUGUAUGGACUACAUAAAGGGCCGCUGCAGCCGAGACAAGUGCAAGUAUUUCCACCCACCGGCUCACCUGCAGGCCAGGAUCAAGGCCUCGCAGCACCAAGCCAGUCAAAACACAGCAUCUGCAUCCUUGGCUUUGCCUCCAGGAGCUGUGCAGACUCUACCGAAGAGGCAGAUUAUAGAGAAGAGCAAUGGAGCUGCAACUACAGUCUUCAACCCCAGCGUGUUUCACUACCAGCAAGCACUGGCCAACAUGCAGCUCCAGCAACCAGCCUUUAUCUCCACAGUAGAUCCCUCAGAGAUUCUGACCUCUGAUCCAGUGGACCUCCAGUGUGUUCCCAUGGAAACCCAUUUCUGCCCCGUCCCCAAACUGCUGGUGUCGGCUCCAGUGGCUCUGAACUCAGUAAGCCUUUCACGUAACCCCAGUUAAAGUCCUUGAAGCCCUGCAGCAAACACGUGCCUCGCCUAUGUGCACACCGACUGAGUGGGAAACUUCUCUCACGACGUUCUGAAAGCUGCGACGGUUCAUGCAAUACAAGCUAGGACUUAUUUCUGCUGCUUCACGGCAGCCCUCCCGAUGCAUAGUGACUCGAUGAGCAAUAGAGGUCCCUUGUUCUGACAGCCAUACAUGACCACACCUUACGUGUGUCGCAAAGGGCACACGCACACUUGAACAC